AUGGAUGGAAUUUCAUCCACAGCGAGCGUUAUUGCGAUCAUCCAACUUGCUGGGAGCCUUGUGACAAUAUGCGGAGGCUACAUCCAAAAGGUGAAGCAUGCAAGAGAAGACAUUAUCACCUUACGAUGGGCGGCCCAAAGCCUCCAAGUGACCCUUCAAGACCUUCUUGGACUCCUUGGAGAUUCCAACAAAACAAGACUUCCUACCUCCCUGCGACUCGCCAGUGACAUCACCAAUUGCCUCUCAGAUCUUCGAGCCCUGAACGAAAAGCUUGAGUCAAAUGUGGGGAAGAGAUCAAUGAAGAAAUUCGGAUUCCGCGCCUGGAGAUGGCCCUUGGAACGCGCAGAGGUCGACAGUGAAGUUCAGAAGUUUGAAAGAUAUAAAUCCUCCUUUCUCUUGUCUUUACAGGUGGAUCAAACUUCUCUCAUCACUGGCGUUGCCCAAAACACAAACGUUAUCAAUCAAAAUAUGAAUUUCGCAAAGUUGGAAAGUGCGGCCGAGGCAAGUUUUGAUUCAUUCUCUAAUCGAGAUGAAGUCCUGUGUCUUCAAGGCACCAGAGUUGAGAUUCUCCACCAAAUAAUGGGAUGGGCUAUGUCACCAUGUCAGAAGACAGUGUUCUGGUUAAACGGGAUGGCUGGAACAGGAAAAUCCACAAUAUCACGGACGGUGGCAAGGUCGCUAAAGGAUACCAACCAUUUAGGGGGCAGCUUUUUUUUCAGGAGGGGCAAAGAGGACACAGGGAAUGCCAAGAAGCUUUUCCCCACGCUAAUAAGUCAAUUGAUGCUCAGGUCUUCUGAGCUAAGCUCUGGCGUGCAAAAGUCACUCCGUGAUGAUCCUGAAAUCGCUUCAAAGUCGCUCGGAGAGCAAUUUGACAAGCUUCUCCUUCAACCGCUGCUCGAGCUUGACCAACUCGGUCAGGGACCUCAAACCGCUGUGAUUGUGAUCGACGCUUUAGACGAAUGUGACCACGAUCAAGACAUACGAAAUAUUAUCCGACUGCUGCCUCUUCUAAAGAGGGCAAACACAUUGCGCCUCCGGGUAUUAUUGACCAGCAGACCGGAACUUCCGAUUCGCCUUGGCUUCUCAGGGAUCGAGAAUGAUGACUAUGAGCAGCUAGCUCUCCAUGAGAUCUCCGAGAAAGUAACAGAACGUGAUAUAUAUCUCUUCUUUAAAGACAGACUCAUAAGGAUCAAACACGACAGAAACAUUACGCGAGAUUGGCCCGGCGAGGAUGUAAUCCAAAAAUUGGUUACAAUGUCGGUUCCACUCUUUAUCUCGGCCGCUACUGUAUGUCGAUUCAUCGAAAAUUCAAGAUGGGAACCCGCAUCACGGCUCGCAGAGCUCCUUGAAGACCAAGCCAAAUAUGCAACGAAAAUGGAGAAGACGUACUUGCCAAUUCUUACGCGGCUCCUUGAUGACCAAGAUAGUGAUGACUUAGAACAGCAGCAGCUCUUGCAUGAGUUCCAGGAAAUUGUUGGACUCAUCACACUGCUUGCUGUUCCACUUUCGAUCAAUGCGCUGUCGCUAUUGCUGGGAAUCCAGGCAGACCAGAUCAGCAACCGAUUAGAUUCUUUCCGGUCUGUGCUCAGUGUCCCCACUAACCGAGAUAUGCCUGUAAGGAUUCUACAUUUGUCAUUCCGAGACUUUUUGAUGCAAUCUAAAAGCAAAUUUCGUGUGGAUGAGCGAAGUAAGCACAAGGAUAUUGCUAAACUCUGUCUCAAAAACAUGCGGACUCAUCUGCAGAAAAAUAUCUGCAAUUUAGAAGGACCUGGAACACAUAGAGAGGACAUUGAUCCUCAACUACUCCACCAGUUCUUACCACCAGUACUUGAAUAUUCUUGCCAUUACUGGAUUUACCAUAUCGAACACAGCAAUGUCUCGUCCCCCGAGAUAGAAGAUAUUUUAUCCUUCCUCAAGGAGCAUUUCCUGCACUGGGUGGAAGCAAUGAGCCUAUUGGGUUUUGUAUCGGAACUGGUGGGAAUGCUCAACACCCUCAAGAAUGUUUUAUCAGACGAUCGCCAUUCCACCACGUCCGAUUUUCUUCAAGACGCACAUCGCUUUGUUUUAAAAUUUCGCCAGGUGGCUGAUAAGGCUCCGCUUCAGAUUUAUUGCGCAGGACUUACUUUUACACCACUAGAGGCAACGGUCCGCAGGGAAUUCCAGAAAGAGCUUCCCAGUUGGAUAUGCCAAUUACCACGAGUUGAGGACAGGUGGAGCGCAGAAUUACAGGCUCUCGAGGGCCAUUCAGCUCCAGUUUGGUCGGUAGCCUUCUCACCCAAUGGCCGACUGCUAGCGUCCGGCUCUUUUGAUCGGACAGUAUGCCUCUGGGAGACAGAAACAGGCGUGCUCCAGCAGACUCUGGAGGGCCAUUUAGCUCAUGUUUGGUCGGUAGCCUUUUCGCCCAAUGGCCGGGUACUAGCAUCAGGCUCUGAUGAUAGUAAUGUGCGCGUUUGGGACUCAGCGACAGGCGCACUCCAGCGGACCCUUAGGGGUCAUACAAAGUCAGUGCGGUCAGUGGCUUUCUCAGCUAACAACCGGCUACUGGCAUCUGGCUCUGAGGAUACAACAGUACACCUCUGGGACUUGGAAACAGGUGCGCUUCAUCAGACCCUCAAGGGCCAUUCGCAACUAGUUUGGUCAGUGAAUAUCUCAGCCGACAGCCUGCUGCUAGCAUCUGGCUCUGAAGAUAAGACAGUAUGCCUCUGGGACCUAACAACAGGCAGACUCCUGCAGACACUUAAGGGCCAUUUAGAUGUAGUUUUCUCAGUGGCUUUCUCGCCUGACGGCCAGCUCCUAGCAUCUGGCUCUGGAGAUAAGACAGUGCGCCUCUGGAACCCAACAACAGGCGCGACCCAGCGAAUUAUCGAGGGCCAUUCAGACUGGGUUCUGUCUGUGGUCUUCUCGCCUGACGGCCGACUGCUAGCGUCCGGUUCUGCUGAUAAGACUGUACGGCUUUGGGACACAAUGGGAGGCACGCUUCAGCAGACUCUCGGAAAUGACUCAGGUUUGGUUCCAUCAGUAACCUUCUCACCCAACGGCAGGCUGUUGGCAUCCGCUUCUGAUCAGAGCCUUUUGCGCCUCUGGGAUACGACAAUAGGCGCGCCGCGACAGUCUCUUGUUGGCCAUUCAGAGUGGAUUCAAUCUAUAGUUUUCUCGCCCGACGGCUGCCUGCUAGCCUCUGGCUCUAAUGACAUGACAGUGCGGCUUUGGGACCCUCUGACAGGCACGCUUAAGCAGACUCUUAAAGGUCAUUCAGCUCCAGUUUCAUUAGUCGCAUUCUCACCUGAUGGCAUUCUACUAGCGUCCUGCUCCCCAGAUCGAACAGUGUGCCUCUGGGAUUUAACAAAAGGCACACUUCAGUAUACUCUCAAUGGCCAUUCAAGUUGGGUCCGCUCAGUGAGCUUCUCGCCAGAUGGCCGGCUAUUAGCGUCUGGCUCUGAAGACCAAACAGUUUGCCUUUGGGACUCAGGGACAGGCUUACUCCUGCAGACUCUUAAGGGCCAUUUAGAUUCGGUUUUAUCAGCAACCUUUUCACCUGACAGCCGGCUGCUAGCGUCCAGCUCUUGUGAUCACACAGUCUGCCUUUGGGACUCGGCAACGGGCAUGCUUCGGCAGACCCUCAAGGGCCAUGGCAAGUUAGUGAGGUUGCUGGCUUUCUCGCCUGACGGCCAGCUGCUAGCGUCUGCCUCUGCUGAUGAGACGGUGCGCAUCUGGGACACAACGACAGGUGCGUUACAGCAGACUCAUUUUACAACAACACUUUCUACCCUUGAAUUUUCCGUUGACAGUUCAUAUCUGUACACCGACUUGGGUACCCUUGAUCUUCAAUCUAAAUGCCACAUUCCUGUGCCACGUGCGCCUCAUGCAAAUCUGAAUAUAUCAAUUGAGCAUCAGGAGUGGAUAAAGCUGGAUAACGAAAAAGUCCUCUGGCUUCCCUCUGAGUUUCGCGCCAAUUGUUUCAGAUGCCACGGCAAUCUACUCGCCCUGGGACACGUAUCGGGACAUGUUUCAUUCAUUAAAUUUUGUACAUAA